UCCUAUGCAGUGCCACCUCAGGAAAUCUUGUCAAAAGAUUCCGUGACGGUGUCUGUAGACGCUGUCGUCUAUUUCCGUACCUCCGAUCCCAUCGCUUCUGUAAAUAACGUAGAUGACGCUAUUUAUUCGACAAAAUUGUUGGCACAAACUACACUCAGAAAUGCAUUGGGUAUGAAAACCCUAACAGAAAUGCUUACCGAACGUGAAGCGAUCGCUCAGUUGUGUGAGACGAUACUUGAUGAGGGAACAGAACAUUGGGGAGUAAAGGUGGAGCGAGUGGAAGUGAAAGACAUUAGGCUACCUCAGCAGCUGACCCGCGCGAUGGCGGCAGAGGCCGAGGCUGCACGAGAGGCUCGCGCUAAAGUGGUCGCGGCCGAAGGAGAGCAGAAGGCUUCUCGAGCACUGAAAGAAGCAGCGGAUGUUAUCCAAGCGAAUCCGGUCGCUCUCCAACUCCGACAUUUGCAAGCGCUCAACAGCAUUGCGUAUGAAUACUCACGUAGCUUAACAAAUCGUACUGAAAAACCUUCUUUGACUUUCAGGGCUGAGCACAAUUCAACGAUUGUAUUCCCUGUGCCAGUGGAGAUGUUUGGCGCUUUCAUGAAGAAAGAUGUCUGAUA